AGGUUCUUACAGAGACAAGAUUCCCGAGAUGAACUUGGGCAAGGAGGAACCUCUAGUUAAAGGUGCUCUCCUCUUGUUUUUUCCCCAAACCAGGAUUUGUCAUUCCCAGGGCGUGGCUGGAUGGAGAAAGAGGGAAAGUCCUGGAGAUCCAGCCGGAGCUCGGAGCUGGUGGAGAAGGCUCAUGGCAGGGAGAAGCCGCACAAGUGCUUGGAAUGUGGACAGGGUUUCAGCCGGAGCUCCCACCUGACCCGGCACCAGAGGAUCCACACUGGGGAACGCCCCUACGAGUGUGGGGAGUGUGGGAAGAGCUUCAGCUGGAGUUCCAACCUGAUACAGCACCAGAGGAUCCACACUGGGGAAAAGCCCUAUGAGUGUGGGGAAUGUGGGAAGGGUUUCAGCCAGAGCUCCAACCUGAUCCAGCACCAGAGGAUCCACACUGGGGAACGGCCCUACAAUUGUGGGGAGUGUGGGAAGAGCUUCAGAGAGAGCUCUGCGCUGAUCCGGCACCAGGUGAUCCACACUGGGGAAUGGCCCUACAGCUGCUUGGAAUGUGGGAAGGGUUUCAGCCGGAACUCUGAGCUGAUCGUGCACCAGGUGAUCCACACUGGGGAACGGCCCUACACCUGCUUGGAAUGUGGGAAGAGCUUUGGGUGGAGCUCGGACCUGAGAAAACACCAGCGUAUCCACACUGGGGAGAGGCCCUACGAGUGUCCUGAGUGUGGGAAGAGAUUUCAGACCAGCUCCGAUCUCCUCAAACAUGAGCGGAUUCACACAGAGGAGAGGCCCUUCCGCUGCCCCAACUGCGGGAAGGGCUUCAACCGCAACUGCAACCUCACCAAGCACCGGCGCAUCCACACCAGGGAGAGGCCCUAAGAGUGUGGGGAGUGUGGGAAGAGCUUCUCACAGAGCUCAAACCUGACCCAACACCAAAGGAGCUACCAGUAAGGGAAGCCCUGUGAGUGCCCCAAGUGAGGGAAAAGAGUGAGGGAAGAGAGUAAGGGAAGAGUUUUGUGUGCUGCUCCAGCUCCAUCCCCCAUGGGAGGCUCCGGGCUGGAUGAUCCCCAGUGACCCUCGUUGUGCAGAGCCCUGGUGAUCCAUGGUCAUGGUGAUCCCCGUUGGGUGGGGGGGAGGUGUUGGCUUCUUCUCCUUGUUCUGCUGUGAUUUGGUUGGGUUCUCGUGGAUGGGGG